UAAAUGAUCGUAUAGUCUCAAGAUCCGUGAUUGUCUGAUUGAGAUAGAAUUGGGAGUUCUAUUGUGGUUCUUGGUUGGAACAAAUCUCUUGCGCCAUUUGAGGUUUAUUUCAUGUCCCAUGGAAAACAGGAGCUGUGUAGGAGGACUAAACUGCAAAGGAAAUUGUGGGAAGGAGUUUCCAUAAAGUUGGGUUUGAAAAAAAAAAGAAAAAGCAUGAAAUGACAUAAACUGUGGCAUAAAGUGACGGCUGAGGACAAAAAAAAAACUAACGUGUGUAUUUGUGUGAAAGAAACAGGAGGAGAGAGAAUUAUCAGUACUCUUGACUGAAAGAUAAAACGAAGAGAGAGAAAGCUUUGGAGAAGCAAAAAAAAAUCGUCGGAGAAGACAAAGAAGAAACCUGCGUCGAUAAUUGUAAUCAAGGAGUAUUGCAGAAAUGGCGAAGAAGCAAAAGGUGUCUGAAUUCGAUGAUGUGCAUGUAAGUGAUGACAAUGAAGAAUCUAGUACCGAGGAUCUUCAUUCAGACGAGGAAAGAGAGGUAAUAGGAAAGAAAUCUGGAAGAGCGUAUAAAGAAAUAGAAGCACGAGUGUAUCGGGAGAAUGAUCUAAGCAAAGGUGGAUGCUUGAAGGCAGAAGGCAAAGUAAUUGCUACACAACGUGCCAGGAAUAAUAAAAGAGAGAGUAAUAUGAAUUGUAGAGUAGAGACAUUUGGGAAGGUUGUGAAGGGAUUUGAUGAGAGGAAGCGAAAGCUAGUGACGGAGAUGGCUUUGGUGGUCUUUUGUUUUUCGCUGGGUGUUGUUGAUCCCGAUGGGCUAGAAUUCCCUCUUAGUAAGACACAGGUUUAUUGGGUUAUGGGAAUUAAAGCUAGUGUAAUUAAACAAAUUGUUGAAGGUGAAAUAUCUUCAGAUGCUGAAUUUAAGAAGGCCUUUCUGAUGAUGGCCUUAAAUGAUCUGAUAUGCCCUACGACAUGUCAGAGAUUGGCUUUUGUUACUGGAUCAUCUCAUGAAUGCGAUUGGUGGAUUCAAAAAGAUUCUACCUUGAUGGAUUUGCUAAGGGGUGUGGGGUGCACUAUGUUCUUAGCGAUUCUAUAUCUUGAUCGGUUGCGCCGACCACCAUUGAUGUGGGCGCUUUUCCAAGGAUACAGGCUGGAGUACCGUAGAUGUGAACAAGGUGAAGAAGGAAGAUUUGCUGGCCACUGGGUAUUGAUGUCGCUUAUGGGGAAGACAUCCUCUGGAGGCUCGGGAUGUCAUGCCAACAGUAAAGAUAUUGAGGAAAUGAGUCGUUGUAGUGUUGGCAUUAGCACGAAGAGUAGAAGAAGGAGAAUGAAGAAGAAAGCUCCAGUGCAUGAAGAUCCAGUGCAUGAAGGUCCAGUGCAUGAAGGUCUAGUGCAUGAAGAAGUUGGUGAGCAGCGGCCGGAGUUGGAAAACGAGACGGGCCCCAAUGAUGGCUUAGGAGAAUAUGAAACAUUGCAUCUUCGUGAAGUAAUUCAUGUUAUUGGUCAGAAUAAUAAUGUCGGUGAGGAUGACCCAGUUUGUGGAAGUCAAGGGGAGGGGUCAAAAUACUGUUGGGAAGAUUUUGGUGAAAUGUUUGUGAAUAAUGUUGUUGGUGGCAGUGGCAGUGGUAGUAUUGGAGCUAUAGGUGAGCAGGUUGGUGGGAGUGGAGUUGUAGGUGAGGUUGUUGGUGGCAGUGGCAGUGGAGCUAUAGGUAAGCAAGUUGUAAAUAAUGUUGUUGAUGAGAUGAGGUUGGUGGAAAUGGUUCUCGAGGUAUAGGUGAGC